AUGUUGAAUAAUAUUGCAUCAGUAAACGACAUCGAUCUCAUAGAUCGAUGUAUUUCGAGUUUAAAAAAUAACGGUGUCAUUGCUGUUCCAACAGAUACCAUUUAUGGUCUUGCUGCAUUGGCUAAUAGUGAACAAGCUAUUCGUCGAAUCUAUGAAAUAAAGGGUCGAUCAUUUACUAAACCAUUAGCAAUAGCCGUUGGUUCCGUUGAAGAUGUAUUUUCUUGGUCGAAACCGACUUUAACCAAAGAACAGCUAGGUAAUGGUCAACUUCUUCCUGGUCCAGUAACUCUUAUGUUUGAGCGAAACUCAUCGUUACCUGAUUAUUUCAACCCGAAUGUAACUAAUGUCGCUAUACGUAUACCAAAUUGUCAAUUUAUGAUUGAAUUAGCUCAACGUUUGAAGCAACCGAUAGCAUUGACUAGUGCUAAUAUUUCUAAUGAACCAAGUACAAUAUGUAUUGACGAAUUCAAAUUACUAUGGCAAGAUGUUGACUUAGUUGUUGAUGGUGGUCGAUUAGCAUCGAAUGACAGGCGUGGCUCAACUAUUGUUGAUUUAUCACAAAGUGAUUAUUUCCAUAUAGAACGUGAAGGAAUUGAUUGUGAACGCAUUGUAAAAUAUUUACAAGAACAGUGCCAUCUAAACCAGAAGGCUAAUGUUGUAUAA